AAAUCCUAACUACUAACCCUACUGCUAUUUUUCUUCUUAUAUGUUAUUUUAAAAAUAAAAACAUGUUUUAGUAGUGUACUAUAAAAAAAAAUUAUUCUUUGACAGUUGCUCACUCUUCCUCUACAUAUAGAGGCUAAAUAAAACAUGAAUAUAACUCACUCCUUUCCAAAAGUCCUAACUUUUUAUUUAAGUAAGCAAAAAUCAUGGCAGAAGCGGCUAAUUUGGUGGGAAAGCUUGAGGCAGAUGUGGAGAUAAAAGUUUCUGCUGAAAAGUUCCAUCACAUGUGGGCAGGAAGAGUACACGAUCUGCCCAAAGCAACUCCAGACAAGGUCCAGAACUGUGAGCUACAGGAAGGCGACUGGGGAAAAGUCGGUUCAGUGGUCAUCUGGAGCUACGUUAUUGAUGGAGUGGCAAUAGUGUGUAAGGAUAGGGUCGAGGAGGUGGAGCCGGAGAAGAACCUGAUCACGUUCAGGGUUAUAGAAAGUGAUCUGUUGAAAAUGUACAAGAGUUUUGUGAGCACGAUCCAGGUGACCCCUAAGCAUGGAGGGCCUGGUGGUAUUGUGCACUGGGACCUUGAGUACGAGAAAGUCAGCGAAGAAGUUGAUCACCCUGAAAGUCACCUCCAGUUAAGUGUUGAAGUGUCAAAAGAUAUCGAUGAAUAUCUCUUGACAGAAUAAUAGAUGAUUACUCUUCGUGUGUUUGUUAAGUUUGUGCAUCUUUGUGUCUUCGAAGCUUUCAACAAAUAAUGAGCUGUGUCCGAGUUUGGGUAAGAGGUAUAUGUUGGUGACUUGGUGUGUGUCGACUCAUCCGUGUAUGAAUAAUAUUACGGCCGAGUUAUGUUUGAAGUUUUUAAUUUGAA